AUGGAUCAUGCAGUGGGUGUACCAUUAAACAAAAGAUGGCGGGAACUCAGUGGAGACCAACGGGUGAUCUGUAUAGAUGCAAUAUGUCGGAAGGUCAAGGAAUCGGUCGACCUUGAGUUUCCGGCUUAUGGGAGUUUGUAUCUUGCGGAUGGUCAGGCCGGAUGUCGCAAUCAACAGGCGUUGGACAAUGAAUUCCUCAUUGGACCCCACUGCGGCGUCCGCUACUGGGACUGCAGCGUAGGGGAAAGCCGUUCCUAUCACGACUUGAAGCCCAACCGUGGACCUUGGAAUGACAUUCAUCAAUAUAGCGAUGGCCUGAUCGAUGCCGGGCUUUCAAGACUUCCACCUAGUACCUCCGAUGGAGAGAACAGACCAUCCUAUCACGGCUCCAUCGAAGAACACAAAAUCCUCCUAGAGCAAGCCCGGAUCUUGUUGAAGGCAAUAUCUACGGAUCAUAGGAUCAAAACAUCUUCACAGCCAGUGUUAUACCAUCCGGACUUGCAUACGAGGAAUAUCUUUGUAUCGGAGAAAGACCCCUCUGUAAUUACCGGCAUCAUUGACUGGCAAGCAGCGAGUAUCGAACCGGCCUUUUGGUACUCCGACGAGAUCCCAGACUUUGCUAUAUCAGAUGGAACUGGGGAUGAUGUUUAUACGCAAGCAUUCAAUGUGGCUUCUCAGUUCCUUACCCCUGUCCUCUUUAAUCCCCGUCUGAUGGACGAAACCCUCUUGCGACCUUUUCGUUACAGCUACAGAACCCGGAAGGACGGAGCGGUAGCCCUGCGCCAUGAGUUGAUUGAAACGACCCGCAACUGGGAAAAGCUAGGCUUCUCGGGCCAAUGUCCUUUGCCCUCACCGACAACAGAAGAACUAGCAAACCACGAGCAAGAAUACAAGUUGUUUGAGGCAGCGCAAAAUCUAAGACGUUACUUGUCGAGUUUGCUCAACACUGCAACUGAUGAAUGGAUGCCACCAGAGAGCUGGGAAACAACGAAGUUGGCACACAAGGAGAUAUUUGAUGAAAUGCUGCAGGCCGUGUUAGCAAACGAGGCAGUGGACGAUGAUCCUGUGAAGGAUGAGGCAACCCUCAGGUCAAUUUGGCCUCUUAAUAUUGAUUAA